AUGGCUGCGAGGGACACAGUUCUGGGGCCUCUGAUAUUGGUUGAUACCAGUAGAAUUGUUCAUAUUCAUUCUGUGAUCAUCCUGCGCCGUUCAGAUAAGAGGAAAGAUCGAGUGGAGAUUUCUCCGGAGCAGCUUUCAGCUGCUUCUACUGAAGCAGAGAGGUUGGCUGAGAUGACAGGACGUCCCAUGAGAGUUGUGGGCUGGUAUCAUUCUCACCCACACAUAACUGUCUGGCCAUCUCAUGUAGAUGUUCGCACUCAAGCCAUGUAUCAGAUGAUGGACCAGGGCUUUGUGGGGCUCAUCUUUUCCUGUUUCAUUGAGGACAAGAACACAAAGACGGGCCGGAUACUCUACACCUGCUUCCAGUCAAUUCAGGCUCAGAAGAGCUCCGAGUAUGAGAGGAUUGAAAUUCCUAUCCAUGUGGUUCCCCAUGACACCAUUGGGAAAGUAUGUCUGGAAUCGGCGGUGGAGCUGCCCAAGAUCUUGUGCCAGGAGGAGCAAGAUGCAUACAGGAGAAUUCACAGCCUCACCCAUCUCGACUCUGUAACCAAGAUUCACAAUGGCUCAGUGUUCACCAAAAAUCUCUGCAGCCAGAUGUCUGCCAUCAGUGGCCCCCUCCUGCAGUGGCUGGAGGACAGGCUGGAGCAGAACAAACAGCGGGUACAGGAGCUGCAGCGGGAGAAAGUGGAGCUCAUGGAAGAACUAGCUGCCCUGGAGUGAAGAGGAAACACCAGUCAGUCGGAUUGGACAGGCAUGACGUGGCUGAAGUGGUUUGUCUUGCCUUCCUGUGACAGUGCUAGCUGUACAUCUCUUCUCGCCAAGCGACUGCUCCAAGAGUCCUUCCACAAGUUGACUCACGUGCAAAGCCUUGUGCUACCAGUGUGAGAAGCUCACUCUCCAAGUGCACCACAGCACUGCACGGGCCAAUCCGGCCACACCCCAGCUCUGGCAGGGGGAUACGUAGUGAUUAUAUUUGGUUCUUCUAUCCCCUGUUGCUCAUCACAGAACUGUUCCCCUUUUGUGUAUUCUAGGAGCCUAGAACUAGAGGUCAUGGGUGGGGUAAUAGCUGCACUUCUACAGGUUGUGACUGUGCUAAUUACAUCAAGCAAUUUGCUAAUCCUGGUCAGACGGGGGAGUGCUGCCGGGCCUAAGAUACUACCAAUUCUGCCUCCAUUUGCUAGCUCCAGCUCACAGGUAGUGGCUGAUGUCUAGUAGCUGUGUGGCUUACUGAUGGCCUGCUCUUGCAUGUGUGCAAGGUGGGGGUAGAUGCAGCCAGGACAUCUGUAUUUCUAACCAAAUAAAGAAACCCAAAGUGAGCAAGGAGGUUGGGUGAUGCAGUCUGAGUGCUCUCCCUCUGUCCAGCGUCUCUUGCUGCUGUUGCAGUGCUUGCUGGGCAGGGCUGGACGAGUGACGUUGCUGUAACAUCAUGAAAACUUUCCCUCUUGUCUGCACUAGUUUGCUUUAUUUCCUACUUCAGUGUUGCAUUGCCUUUCCCAUUGGACUCCUGAUUGGGUUUUCCACACACCAUCACUGCAGAACAUCUGCCACCACUCCGGGGAAGCCCGUCUCUAGGGCUCGUGGCUGUGCCAUAGUGAUUUGUAGACCAACUGCAUGUUUAAAAGCUUUCUCUUUAAACUCCUAAUUGUGGGUUUUAACUUGAGAUCAUUCGCUGCUCAAAACAUGGUUUUCACAUUUCAAAAAAUAAAACCGCACAUGAUGUGGGGGCCCUGCGAUGCA